CUGUUCUCCUUCCUUCACCCCCCCACUCUAUGCCCGGGAUCAUCUACCUUUUGAAUUUUUGUCCCUUCGGCUCUUGAGAUGAUGUGAUGCUGCCUUAAGAAGUCUUUCCAGCAGAUCUCAAGUGCAGGAAUAGGAGGAAAUCCUUCAAAUUUCCGGAAGAAGAUGUGCAGUCCAAAGAGCCCUGCAGGCUGUUUGGAGUAGUUUUUUAGCGACAUCCCCUACGCACUGAAAACGCAUGGCAGAAUCUGUGGCAUUUGCGGAAAACAGUUGGCAUGCACUGAAAUCCUGCAGGAGGCGGAAUUAUUUGCUCUCUCCUUGCCCUGCGGUCCCAGGCUACGCUGGAGCAAAGGGGCCGGAUCCCAAGGUGAAAAUGGAGGAACAAGAAUCGGCAAGCCCGGAGCUGGAGACGGGAUCAGGGAGAGCAGGAGAACCCCCUGGCAUCCUUCAAGCGGGGACCCUCACGCAGAGUCCCAGACAGGUGGCACCUCCGCAGCGCAUGAAAGAGGAGCCGGAAGAGGGCCUGUCGUCUCAGCGCUGGGAAUCCCAGUGGCAAGAGUUCCUCAAGACCGUGCAAUGCCCUCAGCCUGGAUGGGGGAGCCCACUUCUUCCACAUCCUGCGCCAGCAGGCCGCACAACAGCUCCUCUGCUCCCUGGCAGCUUGGAAGGACGGCUUCAGAGCUUCAGGCAUUUCUCCUACCAGGAAGCCGCAGGCCCACGGGAGACAUACAGUCGGCUGCGGGAGCUUUGCUACCAGUGGCUGAAGCCGGAGAGGCACACCAAGGAGCAGAUCCUGGAGCUGGUGAUUCUGGAGCAGUUCCUGGCUGUCCUUCCCCAGGAUAUCCGGAGCCGGGUGAUGGAACAAGGCCCAGAGACCUGUAUCCAGGCUGUGACCCUGGCAGAGAGCUUACUGCCGAGACGGGAAGAAGGAGAGCAGUGGAGAGAGCAGGGGACAGAGAGGCUGAAGCAGGAAGUGUCUGCGAAUAUCCCAGUGGAAGAUGACGCAGUGCUGGAAAUCACCCAGAGGCCGCUGUGCAGAGAGGUCAAGCAAGAGGUCAAGGAGGAUGUCAGCUCGCUUGGAGCUGACGAAUGGCCUGGUAAGGAUGAGAGGGAGCCACAUGGAGUGUUGAUGGAAGUUGCUGAUCAUCAGGCAGUGGACGAAGACGAUGGGGACGUGGAUGGGCCAGAGUGGGAGCAAGGGAACAAAGUGGAGGAAUGGCCAAACAAAUCCAUUGCUUAUGAAGGCGGCCACUUCCACGAAAUCACAGUGCAUCAGAGAAUCCACAGCAGGGAAAGGAGGAACAAGUGUGACGUGUGUGGGAAGGUGUUCAGAGACGAAGCUUACCUUAAUAAGCACCAGAGAACCCACACUGGGGAGAAACCCUACGAAUGCUCAGACUGUGGAAAGAGCUUCCGUUGGAGUUCAGACUUCCACAGGCACCAGAGAACCCACACGGGAGAAAAACCAUACAAAUGUGCCGACUGUGGGAAAAGUUUUCGCCGGAGCUCGAACCUCCAUAGGCAUCGGAGAAUCCACACGGGGGAGAAAUCGUACGAAUGUUCGGAGUGCGGGAAAAGUUUCCGAUGCAGCUCGGGCCUGAUUAGCCACAGGCGAACCCACACCGGGGAGAAACCCUAUGAAUGUUCAGACUGUGGGAAAAGCUUCCGGCUGAGCUCAGACCUUAUCAGCCACAAGAGAACCCACACCGGAGAGAAACCCUACGAAUGCCCUGAUUGCGAGAAAUGCUUCCGUCGGAGCUCGCACCUUAAUACCCACAAGAGAAUCCACACGGGGCAGAAACCCUAUAAAUGCUCAGAUUGUUCCAAAACCUUUUCAGACCGAUCCAACCUUCUCAGCCACCUGAGAAUCCACACCGGGCAAAAGCCGUACACGUGCUCGGAUUGUACCAAGACGUUUUCCAAUAAAUCUAACCUUCUCAGCCAUCAGAGAAUCCACUCAGGAGAGAAGCUGUAUGAAUGCUUAGACUGUGGGAAAAGUUUCAGCGUGUGCCAGUACCUGACCAGGCACCAGAGGAGACACACGACAGAGAAGCUGCACGAGUGUGUGGAUUGUGGGAAGAGGUUCAGUCAGAGCCAGUAUCUUAUCCGCCAUCAAAAGCAUUCACACAGGAGGAAAAUGGGAGUUUGCACCGCAAUAGACAUACAACGCUGCAGGGCCGGCCCACCCAUGAGGCAAGAGUUCUACAAGGGCCACACUGAGACCAAGGAGGAAGAAGCCGACAGACAGCGCCAUCCCUUGGACUGGAUGCAAGUGAUAACGCAUGUCAAGGAUGGAGGUUGGUGGGAUGGCGCCCCAUUUGCCCUAAAAACAGGCCGGGGGUCUACUGACUGCGACGAGAAACCUGGUCAGGUUCACUUUGGCGUUACCGCCUGCGUUACUCAGCGAAGUACAGGAACAGGCCUGUUCGAGCUGCGCUUGAAGCUCUUCUCGCAGAGGGAGCAGCUGAAUGGCUUCUCCUCCGUGUGGGUCUUCUUGUGGUUGACGAAGUUCGAGCUGGUGCUGAAGCGCUUCCCGCAGUCGGGGCACUGUGGGCAGCCAGACCUCUCUGGGAUGCUCAGAGGCGGCGAGGCAGCAGCAAACCUCUUGCUGCUCUCUGCUUCCAGCACUUUGCAGUGUGUGAGUGAUCCCUGCCAAGCCCCGGAGUUAAGAGAGGUGAUGGCGUCCGAACGCAGGAAUGCAGCUGUCUGGGCUGUCCCCCGAGAUGCCCUGCUGGAGGACACAGUGAAGACGGAGGCCCAGGAGGAGGCAUCGGAGUCUGAACCGGAGGAGGCUGCAGGAACAGGCCCCUUGGCCGUCCGCUCAGAGAGCCUCAAGGAAUUGUGGGAAGGGACCAUAACAGAGCACAUUAAGCAGGAACCCGAGGAAGGGCCUCAGGAGGAGUGCUGGGGAGCUCAGUGUCAGGGGCUCCUGAAGGCUGUGCCGUCUCCGCAGCCUGAGCCAGGAAAGCUGCAGCUGGCCAGCAAUGGCCCAAGGGACACACAGGCUUCCUUUGAGGGGCGACCAGACAUUGGGCGAGGCAGGGUGAUCCGCCACCUGCCUGGCCCUGGAGGAGACAUCCCCCCGCCCACCCACAGCGUUUUGGCCCUGGACCGUGGGGAAGUGAAGAAGGAGGCUCCCAGCCAGAAGGUGGAGCGCCUGUGCUUCAGGCAGUUCCUCUACCAGGAGGCCGAGGGGCCACGAGAUCUCUGUGGGAUGCUGUGGAGGCUCUGCCAUCGGUGGCUGCAGCCGGAGAGGCGCACCAAGGAGCAGAUCCUGGAGCUGGUGAUCCUGGAGCAGUUCCUGGCCGUCCUGCCCCCGGAGAUGCAGAACUGGGUCAGGGAAGGCGGGCCGGAGACUUGCGGUCAGGCAGUCGGCCUGGCGGAGGAUUUCCUGGAGAGGCAGCAAGAGAACGAGCCCGAAAUAGAACAGGUCCUCUGGCCCUUCAAGGAGAAAGCAGAUGAUUCCCCUGAGGCCGACAGGGCUCUGUCAGACUCCGGCGAGUGGUCGCUCAUCAGAGUGGUCAAGCAGGAGGAUACAGCUGCUGAUGCCCCUUGGCUGGAUGGUGAGGAGAAGAAGAUUGUGCCAGUCAAUUCUGAAGAAGCUGAACCACAUUGGAUGCUGCCAGGGAGAGCAGAACGGACUGUAUCACGAUAUGCCGACUGGGGAGCAGCAUCCGAAAACCAGCAGGAAACUCACCCCCAUAAUGAAGAAGGCAAAUCCGUUCCUUUCCAGCUCCCUGCCAUGCCAGUCCAGCAAAGGUUCCUCAAGGGUGAGACGUGCGCUGAGUGCGGAAAAUCCUUUCGCUGCAAGGCAGAACUCACCGAACACCAGAGAAUGCACUCAGGAGAGAAACCCUACAUCUGCUCCGACUGUGGGAAGAGCUUCUGCAGGAGGAAUGUCCUAGUUGCACAUCAGAGAAUCCACACUGGGGAGAAGCCCUUCAACUGCCCGGACUGCGGGAAAAACUUCAACCAGCGAUCGCAUCUUACGGCACAUGAGAGAACCCACACGCAAGAGAAGCCCUUUGCUUGCCUGGACUGCGGACAGAGCUUUAGUAGGCGCACUGGGCUUGUGUCUCACCAGAGGAUCCACACGGGAGAGAAGCCCUAUCGCUGCCAAGACUGCGGGAAAAGUUUCAGGCAGAGAUUCGAUCUUAUUCGACAUCAGAGAAUCCACACGGGCGAGAAGCCACACCAGUGCCCCGACUGCGCCAAAAGCUUCAGGAACAAAUCUGCUUUCCUCGUGCACAGACGGAUCCACACUGAGGAGAAACCGUACCCGUGCUCUGGGUGCGGGAAGAACUUCCGUCAUCGCACCAACCUCCUCGCGCACGAAAGGAUCCACACGGGAGAGAAGCCCUACAAGUGCGGAGAGUGCGGGAAGAGUUUUGGUGACGGGUCGUCCCUCAUGAAACACAAGCGAGCUCACACGGGCGAGAAGCCGUACAAAUGUGCCGAGUGUGGGAAAUGCUUCUCUCAGAACGCCGGCCUGGUUCAGCACGAGAAGAUCCACACGGGAGAAAAACCCUUCCAGUGCCCGGACUGUCCCAAAAGCUUCCGGGACAAGUCGGCCUUUGUCGUUCACCACAGGACGCACACGAGGGAGAAACCGUUUCACUGCUCGGUCUGUGAGAAGAACUUCAGCCAUCGCUCCAACCUUCUCAAACAUGAAAGAACCCACACUGGGGUGAAGCCAUACAAGUGCCUGGAGUGCGGAAAGGGCUUCACUCAGAAGCCAAAUCUCCUCGUACAUGCGAGAAGCCAUUUGAAACAGGAAGGGGAGAUUGGCUAAGAGGGUGGGGAGAACUACCUCAAGGGCAUCCCCGGUUGGAAAAUAAAAUAAGGUCCUGAGU